UCAUUUUUACCCGUAGCUUCUCCAAACACACAGCUGGGGCUCAACUAAUUGAGCGCUUUGUUGUUAAUGACUUCUGUUUACAGUUCAUAGUAUUUUUCACUCAUAAGGACAUGGAGAAUAACCAAACAUUUCUGUACUUUGCAUAUGGUAGUAACCUACUGAAAGAGCGUCUGCAGCUCAGGAAUCCUUCUGCAACAGUGCACUGUGUGGCCAGGCUCAAGGACUAUAGAUUGGUUUUUGGUAACUACAAAGGCCUGGCCAGUGAUCGCUGGCAUGGGGGUGUGGCCAGCAUAGAGCACAGCCCAGGGGAUGAAGUGUGGGGUGUAGUGUGGAGGAUGAACAUAUCUGAUCUACAGUCACUAGACAAUCAAGAGAAUGUGAUGUUAGGUGCCUACAGACCAGUGGAGCUACAAGUGAUGACAAAAGGUCAGGAAAUCAACUGUCGCACCUAUAUAAUGAACAGCUGUGUGUAUGCCCAGCCAUCCCCUCAAUAUCUUCAGGUGAUUGUAAUGGGAGCAGAGCAAAAUGGCUUGCCAAAGGAGUACCAGGAGAAACUUAGAGCUAUUGAGACCAACACCUAUGAAGGCAUCUUACCCAUGAUGGCUGAGCUGGAUCAAGCCAGAAAAAGAAUCAAAGACAAAGCAAACCACUGAUCUCGUGUUCAUGUCAUUAUUUUCAAAUGGAAAAGUGUCUAUACUGAAUAUCAUAAGUUGAGGUUUGAGAUCUUCAAUUUAAUUGAAUGUUGAGUUCAUCGGCAGCAAGGUAUACAGUUUUAACUGGAAUUACAUUCAGUGAUCCAUAAUCAGUAAACACAGAGGCUUGAUGGGGGUAGAGGAGAUAAGUUUAAACAGAGGAGAAGAGGAGGUUGAAGACUGGGUACGGCUCAGUAGAUCCUCUACUGCCUACUGACCAAAGGAAUGAGCAAUGGAUCAUUAUCUAUAGCUAAAACAAAUUAACAUUUGUGGUGAUUUAAUUAAUUUAGCUUUAAUCAGUAAAAAAAUAAAAACAAUAAUUUUCGCUGUGAUCGCUGAGUCUGGGAGCGGCCAUU